AUGGCUCUACCUGCGCUGGGGCUCCGGGGUUAUGGGGAACCUCAGGUCCUCUGGACAAAUGGCUGGAGACUAGACUGUGACUCAAAAGGAACGCUGAUGUCACAUUCCAAUGAAACAUUCUGCGUAAAAGGUCUCAUUCGAGGGAAUUGCGAGCAUGUGUACUUCAGUAAAUUUAAGCUGGAAGCCCUGGGUGACGCAAAAGCUUCAUCUCCAAAUUACAGAAAAAUAUGUCGUAACUGCAAAUGCGGCCAAGAAGAACAUGAUGUUCUCUUAAGCAAUGAAGAGGAUCGAAAAGUGGGGAAACUUUUUGAAGACACCAAGUAUACUACCCUGAUUGCAAAGCUAAAGUCUGAUGGAAUUCCCAUGUAUAAGCGCAAUGUGAUGAUACUGACCAAUCCAGUUGCUGCCAAGAAGAAUGUCUGCAUCAACACAGUCACCUAUGAAUGGGCCCCUCCUGUCCAGAAUCAGGCACUGGCCAGACAGUAUAUGCAGAUGCUACCCAAGGAGAAACAGCCCGUGGCGGGUUCCGAAGGGGCUCAGUACCGAAAGAAACAGCUGGCAAAGCAGCUCCCUGCUCACGAUCAGGACCCUUCCAAGUGCCACGAGUUGACACCCAAAGAGGUGAAGGAGAUGGAGCAGUUCGUGAAGAAAUACAAGAACGAGGCUCUAGGAGUAGGAGAUGUCAAACUUCCUCAAGAGAUGGAGGCACAUGGCCCCAACAGAACAUACAUCCCAGGCGGGGAUAGAAGCACCGCAGCAGCUGUGGGGGCCAUGGAGGCCAAGUCGGCCGAGCACAAAAGGACACAGUAUGCCUGCUACCACUGCAAACUGAAUAUGAAGGAAGGCGACCCGGCUGUCUAUGCAGAGAGGGCUGGAUACGAUAAACUCUGGCACCCAGCUUGCUUUGUCUGCAGUGCCUGCAGUGAACUCCUGGUGGACAUGAUCUAUUUCUGGAAAAAUGAGAAUCUGUACUGUGGCAGGCAUUACUGUGACAGUGAGAAACCCCGCUGUGCUGGCUGCGAUGAGCUCAUAUUCAGCAAUGAAUAUACCCAGGCUGAAAACCAAAAUUGGCAUCUGAAACACUUCUGCUGCUUUGACUGUGACAACAUCCUAGCUGGGGAGAUCUACGUGAUGGUCCAUGACAAGCCUGUGUGCAAGCCAUGCUAUGUGAAGAAUCAUGCUGUGGUGUGCCAAGGAUGCCACAAUGCCAUUGAUCCCGAGGUGCAGCGGGUGACCUACAACAAUUUCAGCUGGCAUGCCUCAACAGAGUGCUUUCUGUGUUCCUGCUGCAGCAAGUGCCUCAUUGGGCAGAAGUUCAUGCCGGUCGAAGGGAUGGUUUUCUGUUCUGUGGAGUGUAAGAAGAGGAUGUCUUAGGAGAGUACCAAACAAUAUUGAUCCAUAGUUACCCCAAGUGGUCUACAUUUCUAUCUACUACAAAAUUCAAUUUGAAGAAAUAAAUGGAAAAAGAAAAGAAAC